AUGUCCAGCCAGCCUCUUCUCCAGACGUCCCAGGGCAAGCGCAUCGCCCUCCCCACCCGAGUCGAGCCCAAGGUCUUCUUCGCCAACGAGCGUACCUUCCUCUCAUGGCUCAACUUCACCGUCGUCCUCGGAGCUCUCUCCCUGGGUAUGCUCAACUUCGGUGACCGACCCGCCUUCAUCUCGGCCUUCUUCUUCACCGGCGUCUCCGUCUUCACCUUGCUCUACGCGCUGGUGACGUACCACUGGCGAGCCAAGUCGAUCCGGCUGCGCGGCCAGGCCGGCUUCGACGACAGGUUCGGUCCUACGAUAUUGGCUAUUAUGCUGCUGUUGGCGGUUGUCGUCAACUUUGUCCUAAGGAUAGUCUAUUCCGCCAAGGACCAUUCUACCCCUCGUUAA